CGGUGGGCGGAGCCGGAGGCUGUCCCAGCCGGAGACGCCGGGCGCUGUGUGGAUGGCGGGGCCAGUGAAGGACCGCGAGGCCUUUCAGAGGCUUAACUUCCUUUACCAGGCCGCCCACUGUGUGCUCGCGCAGGACCCGGAGAACCAGGCGCUGGCGAGGUUUUACUGCCACACGGAGCGGACCAUCGCGAAACGGCUGGUCCUGCGGCGGGACCCCUCGGUGAAGAGGACCCUGUGUCGCGGCUGCUCUUCCCUGCUCGUCCCGGGCCUCACCUGCACGCAGCGCCAGAGACGCCGCAAGGGGCAGCGCUGGACAGUGCAGACCUGCCUGACAUGCCAGCGCAGCCAGCGGUUCCUCAACGAUCCCAGGCACGUGCUCUGGGGAGACCGGCCUGAGGCGCAGCUGGGGAACCAAGCAGAUCCCAAACCUGCACAGCCUCUGCCAGACACGGCCAACUCCAUUCCGGCCCCGCUGCCGGAGGAGGCAGCGCAGACCCAGAGCUCCAGGCCCCAGUGAUGCGUUACCCCUGAAGCCCAAGUAAAUACAUUUAACUCUG